CCUCCAUUGCAGCAGCCUUGCAUCCUUUGCACACAUGCAACUCCACCUCCAUUGCAGCAACCUUGCGAAUUGCCUUCUCCCCAUCUCAAAUGGAUCCAGCAAAGAUCGCUCUGCUCUUCGCGCUCUCCUCCGCGCUGCUCGCGGCCGCUGCAGCGCACGAUGACGACACAUUGACGAGCAACAUGGGCGAAGGGGUCGUCAUCGGUGUCCUCGACGACGGCAUCGACGCGGGGCACCCGUCGUUCGGCGACGAGGGGAUGCCGCCGCCGACCGCCAGGUGGCGGGGCCGGUGCAAGCACCCCGGCGUCGCGGCCUGCAACAACAAGCUCGUCGGCGUGAGGGAGUUCACGCGGCACCUUCGCAACCCCGCCCGCCGGGCGGCGAGGGCUGGCACGCACGGGACGCACGCGUCGAGCAUCGCGGCCGGCACGCCCGUGCGCAGCGCCGACGGCGGCGCGGUGGUGUCCGGCGUGGCGCCGCGCGCGCACCUCGCGUUCUACCAGGUGUGCGCGGGGCGGGGGUGCACGAGGGGCCCGGUCAUGCACGCCGUCGAGACGGCGAUCGCGGACGGGGUCGACGUUCUCUCCAUGUCGCUCGGAGACGACGGCGGCGUCGGGUUCCACGAGGACCCCGUCGUCGCGGCCACGUUCUCGGCCGUCAUGAAGGGCGUCUUCGUCUGCGCCGCCGCUGGCAACGACGGCCCGACGCCGGGGUCAGUCGCCAACGACGCGCCGUGGAUACUCACGGUCGGCGCAAGCUCAGAGAGCUCUCCGCACUCUAGCAACGUCGCGGCGUUCUCCUCCCGGGGCCCGAGCCGCAACAACGGCGGCGUGCUGAAGCCGGACAUCGUGGGCCCUGGCGUCGACAUCCUCGCCGCCGUGCCACGCUCAACGCGCGGCCCAAGCUUCGCGCCCCUCUCCGGCACGUCCAUGUCGGCGCCGCACCUCAGCGGCGUCGCGGCGCUGAUAAAGAGCGCGCACCCGACCUGGUCUCCCGCGGCCAUCAAGUCCGCGAUCAUGACAACUGCCGACACCUCUGUCACUGACGAGACCGGCGCGCCGGCGAGCUACUUCGCCAUGGGCGCCGGGCUCGUCAACGCGGCCAAGGCCAUCGACCCGGGCAUGGUCUACGACAUCUCGCCGGAGGAGUACAUCCCCUACCUCUGCGGCUUGGGCUACACCGACGACCAAGUGAACCGAAUCAUUUACCCUGCACCCGCCGUUCACUGCGCCGACAUGGAGAACACCGAGGCGAAAGAUCUGAAUACCCCAUCGAUCAUGGUCGCGCUGACGGCGGACAGGCCGGCCGUGACGGUCAGGCGGACGGUGACCAACGUCGGAGCGGCCAGGUCGGCGUACCGGGCGGACGUGAGUGCGCCGGAGGGGGUCUCGGUCACGGUGGUUCCUGGAGAAUUGCAGUUCGACGAGGUGGGCCAAAAGGCGAGUUUUACCGUCACCGUGGAACGAGCUCCUGGCGUCGUGUUGGCGUCUGAGUUUUUGGACGCGCAGAUUGCGUGGGUGUCAGAGGAGCAUGCCGUGCGCAGUCCGGUAUCCAUUGCUGCUAGGUUCUGAUGGGCACUUGAUGAAUAGUUGAAGUAGUUAAAACUCUAGAAUUCAGAUUGUACAUAGGGGACUGUUUACAUCAGAUGGCUGAACGUGAAUCACGUGACUGGACA